CCAACUCAUAUUGCUAGCCCUACUCUGUACAAAAACAUCUCUCUUCUAUCCAUAGUGGGUCAUGGUGGCAUGGGCAAGACAACUCUCUUACAACACAUCUAUGAAGAUCUUAAAGAAGAAUUUGAACUGAAAAUGUGGGUUUGUGUUUCCAACGACUUUGAUGCAAAAAAGAUCAUUGCCGAUAUUUUGGGAUUUCUUAACAAGGAGAGGCCUCGUUCAGAGUCACUCGCUGCCUUUCAAGAGAGUCUUAAAGCUGUCGUGCAAUCGAAAAGGUUCUUGCUUGUUCUGGAUGACAUUUGGGAGGAAGAAAUGAACAAAUGGGAGAAUGUGCUCUCCCCUAUGACUCGUGGAAGUUUCGGAAGUAAGAUUUUGAUAACUACUCGAAUGGAUAUAGUUGCAUCGACGAUUGCAAAUGUUAUUAAAACGAAGAAGGAAACAUUGAGAAUAAAGGGCUUGGAGGAAGAUGUGUGUUUGAAGCUACUCAACACCCAUGCAUUCGCUGGUGUAGAGAAUCUUGACGCUCAUAAAAAAUUAACAGACAUUGCUAGUUCGAUAGUUAAAAAGCUUUCAGGCUCUCCACUGGCAGCAAAGGUCAUUGGUGGUGUUCUCAAUUCUAACUUGAAUGAGAGCUUUUGGAUGAAAAUUUUAGAAAGUAAUGUUCUAAACGUAGAACAAGAACCGGGUCGCAAUAAUAUUUUGCCUAUCUUAAAUUUGAGUUUUACAUUUCUCCCACGACCUCUACAAAAUUGUUUUGCAUUUUGUAGCGUAUUCCCACAAGAUCAUCAGCUUGAUAAAGAUGAUUUAGUCCGAAUGUGGAUUGCAUUGGGUUUCAUUCCGGAAUCUUCUAUUGAAGGAGAGACUUUGGAAGAUAUUGGAGGAAGGUAUUUUGAUGUUUUGGUCAGAAAAUCUUUCUUUGACGAGUUUCAGGAUGAUGAGAGAAUAUACUAUAAGAUGCAUGAUUUAUUACAUGAAUUCGCACAAUCUAUUUCUUCAGAGGAAUGUUUCAGAUUUGUCGGAGAUAAUGUUUUAUCUUUUAAGAUUCCUAAAAAUGUUCGACACUUAUUUGCUCAAACUGAAAAUCCAGAAGUGUUGAGAAUGAUCAAAGAUGUUAAAAAUCUACAUUCGCUUUUUUUGACAGUCGUUGAUCAAGAUUUUACUGAAAUACUUACUGAAAUUUUUGAAGCAUCGAGAAGGAUUCGUUUGUUGUUCAUAUGCUCUCUAGGGCAGAAAAAGAUUUCUGAGGCUAUUAAAAAUUUGAGACAUCUUCGAUAUUUGAAUCUUACUGCACAGCUCACUCAUAUGCCAAGAUCUCUAAGCAGUCUUUAUCAUUUGCGGUUCAUAAUCUAUGGAAGGAUGUGUUGGGGAUUUUGCUCUGAUGAUUUCUUGCCUGGCAAUGUGAGUAAUCUUUCUAACCUGCGUCACUUGGAAUUGCACCAUAAAGUAUUUUCUAGUGUACCUGGAAUUGGGAAAUUAAGGUCACUUCAAGAACUAAACGAGUUUAAUGUUAAGAAUGAGAAUGGUUAUAGAAUUGGGGAGUUGGAACAUAUGAGCGAGUUGUGCAAAUUAAAAAUUCAUUUUCUGGAAAACGUGAAGGAUGCUAUAGAGGCUCGCAAUGCUAAAUUAUUUGAGAAGAGAAAACUCACAGACUUAUUCUUGAAUUGGGGCAAUACCGUUGAUGAACGGAAGAUUGUCAAUUCUGACUUAGAUGUGCAUGUGCUUGAAAAUCUCAAACCAUACAAAAAUCUGAAGAGAUUGUCCAUAGUUUCAUACAAGGGUGUAAGCUCUGCAAAAUGGAUGUACAAUGCAGAUUUGAUCUCCAAUCUAGAGUGCAUCUGUCUGGAUGAGUGUUCGGAGUGGGAAACUCUUCCACCUUUCGGGCAGCUUCCCUACCUCAAGUCACUAUACCUUCGUAACAUGCCAAAAGCAAAGCGGCUUGACCUUAAAUUCCAUGGGAAUGACAAGGUUUCUGUGUUUCCAUCGUUGGAGGUGCUAAAUAUGGAGGGAUUGCAAGUAUUGGAGGAUUGGUUUGAUGGAGCAAGAGCAACAGCAUAUGACUGUUUCUUUCCUUGCUUAACUGAACUCUUCCUCGUUAACU